AUGAAUGUAAAACAAGAAAAAUGGGACUUUCCACCCCUACAAGCCAAGCACAAGGUUGAAUAUUGGAAAGAUAAGGAAGUGCCUGGACUGGUGUAUAAAACAAAUAAAUGGAACGAACAAAAGGAAAAGGAAAGGAACCCGGAAAACCCAAGGAACCAGGAAUAUUUUGAAACUGAUAAAAAUGAAGAAGAACUAAUGAAUAGGAACGGGAAUACUGUCGGAAAGAAGAAAGAAGAAAAACAGAAAUCAAGAAGGCCCUUACCGAAAUACUUUCGAACCACUCCUGCAGCAAGAGGGGACUUGGUUAGGAGGAGUGGUGGUGUGCGUGUGGGUAGCGAGAGUAGAGUACGGAAAUCCGAGAAGAGGAAGGAAAGGAAAAGAGCGAAAAAAGAAAUAGAAAGUUGGUGCUGGGAGGAAGACAAAGUGCAAUCCUUUAAAGAUAAGACAGGUGACAGAGUAUUCGAACAGGAAGGAGUAGAAGAGAGUUGGAUUGAAUUAGGAGAAGGAAUACGAGAGUGUGCAGUAAGGAGAAAGAGGAAGAUCAAAGAAAGAAAGAUAGAAUAUAAACUCCGGUGGGAUAAAGAGUGUGGACAAAGAAAAAGGAAACUGAAAAGACUGUACAGGAAAUGGAAGGCAGGAAAGGUGGAAAGGGAAGAAUACGUGAAAGGCAGAACGGAGUUAAGGAAAUUAUAUGAGGAGAAAGAAAAGAGGAAAAAAGAAGAAGAAUUAGAAGAGAUCAAAGGGGCAAAAACGGAGGCGCAAAUAUGGAAGUACAUAAACAAAGAGCGGAAAAAGAGAAUCAUGAUAGAAAAGAGCAUCAGAAUAGAGGAAUGGGCAGAACAUUUCAGAAACCUAUUGGGGGGAAGUCAGGAAAAAGUGACUGAAGUAAGAAGGCAAAGAGGGAGUGAAGGAGAUGGAGAGGAAGAGCUGUCUCAUAGAGAAAUAGAGGAGCAGAUACCUAGAAGUUGA